CUGAGCUGCUGCCAACGACUGCUUCUCUCUCAAUAUGUUCAGAUUUUGAAACUGAAGGAUUCACAUGUUGAUGGAAUGAAAAUCAUCCGAGCAGAGUGGAGAAAGACCUGCAGACAUGGAACACGACAAACUAAUGGACAUCAUUAAACAAAAUCUUAAAGCCAAUCUUCAGAAAAAAAUGAGCUGGACAUACGAGGGAACUUCAGAGAGUCGGACCAAACUCCAGGAUGUUUACACAAAGCUCUUCAUUGUGCAACAGGCUGACCAACAAGGCUGCAUCCAACAUGAGAUUCUGCAUCACUUCAAGCUCCCUGAUGACAAGUCACCAUAUAUGGAGUCAGACUAUGAGCAGAUCAACAGUCUGGACAUUUUUAAACCAGGAAAAAGGCGUUUCCAACAACCAUCAACACAAUGUAAAGAAAUCCAAAGAGUGAUGACAAAAGGCAUUGCUGGUAUCGGGAAAACCUUUGCCGUCCAAAACUUUUCUCUAAACUGGGCAGAGGGCAAAUCCAAUCAGCACAUUGAUUUAAUCUUCGUCCUCCCCUUCAGAGAGCUGAACAUGAUUAAAGAUGGGGAACACAGUCUGCUGCAGCUCCUCCUUUACUUCUAUCCUGAGCUCAAACCACUCAAAGAUGCAAAACAGCUAAUUAACGAGAAAAUUCUGUUCAUCCUUGAUGGCCUGGAUGAAAACCGAUAUCCACUGGACUUUAAAGAAGCCAUGAGUACGAGUGAUAUCAAUCAGAAAACAAGACUUGAUGUGCUGCUGAUCAACCUGAUCAGAGGCAGUUUACUGCAUGAUGCUUUGCUGUGGAUUACAUCCAGACCUGCUGCAGCCUCCCAGAUUCCCUGGAAAUACAUUGACCAGGUGACAGAAGUGCAGGGAUUCACAGACCAAGAAAAGAACAACUACUUCCGAAAGAGACUGAGUUCUGUCCAGAAGGCUGAAGAACUGCUGUCGGCUCUCAGAGGGAUGAUAAGCUUCCACUUAAUGGGACAUAUCCCUGUCUUCUGUUGGAUUAUUGCUGAGGUAUUUAAGAAGGGAUGGAGUGACCGAAGAAUCACCACAAUGACUGAGUUGUACAUCUAUUACAUCCUGAUCCAAACCAAAAGAACAACACAGAAAUAUGAGUCAAAGAGUUCCAGGAAAGAAUCCCAAAAGAGAGUUUCAAAUCUUCAUAGCACUGGUUUACUGUUGAAACUAUCCAAACUGGCCUUUGAGCAGCUUCAUAAAGGAAACAUAUUUUAUGAGGAAGACCUCACAGAGUGUGGCAUUGAUGCUGAUGACGCUUCUUUGUUUUGUGGGCUUUGCUCAGAAAUCCUGAAGCAGGAAUUUGGUCUGUACCAGAAGAAGAUGUUCAGUUUUGUGCAUUUGAGCUUUCAGGAGUUUCUAUCUGCUUUUUACGUGUUGCACUGCUGCAAGACGAACAACCUUCAUCCUCUGAGGUCCUUCCUGGGAGUUGACCCUGCAGAUACGAGCUUCCUGGAGCUGCAGAAAAAGGUGGUAGAUAAAGCCUUGCAGAGUGAGAAGGGUCAGUUAGACCUGUUUCUCUGUUUCUUCCUUGGACUCUCACUGAGGUCAAAUCAAGAAAUGAUCCAAAGUUUGCUUCCCCAGACGGAGAGAAGCUCGGACACUACUGACAGUUUAAAAGCUUAUAUAAGGAAUUUUCAUGCCGAUAACAUCCCGACAGAGAGGUGCAUUAAUCUUUUCCUUUGCAAGUUUGAGCUCAAAGAAAGAGAAUUUCAGGAUGACGUUGGGAAGUACCUGAAAUUAGGAGUGAGGCUGUCAACCAUUGACUGCUCAGUGCUGUCAACCCUGCUGCAGAUGUCUGGUGAAGUGAUUGAAGAGCUCGAUCUGACCAGAUGCUGCAUAUUGGAUUCUGGGACUGAGAAGCUUCUCCAGCUAGUAGGAAACUGCAGGAAAGCCGUACUCAAGAGCAGACAUGUGCAAGACUUUAACCUCCACAUACUGCUGUCCGUUCUUCAGUCAGAAGAGUCAAGCUUACAGGAACUGUGUCUGCAUGGAACUCAUACCAUACAGACGCCGCUUCCUUUUGAGCUCUUUGUGGUGCUGGAGAGCCCUGUGUGCAAACUGCAGACCCUCAGAUUGUCUGGUUUCUCGCUGGACUUCAUGAGGCGUCGCCAACUUGCCACCGUGCUUCAGGUCGAACAAUCCAACUUGACAACUUUGGACCUGACAAACUGUACUUACAGUUAUGUUAAGAAUUACUCUGGAAAUUUGUCAGAACAUGAGAAGAAGGAAAAAUAUGAAGAUUUUAUUGACGAACCAUUGACUCUGAUUUCCACUGGAUUGAUUGGGCCUCUCUGUAAACUGAAGGACUUUGGGAUGAAGAGCUGUAAUCUGAGAAGUGGAUGCUGUCAGGUGUUUGCCGCGGCUCUCAGGUCCAACACCCAGCUGAGAAAACUGGAUCUGAGUAACAACCAGAUCCAGGAUCUGGGAGUGCAGCUGCUCUCCGGUGGACUGGGUGAUUCAAACUGUCGGUUGGAGUCUCUCAGGUUGUCAUGCUGUGGGAUCUCACAGGAAGGAUGUGCCUCUUUGGCCUCGGCUCUGAAGUCCAACCCUCUCUGUCUAACAGAGCUGGACGUGAGCUACAACCAUCCGGGACAGCUUGGAGUCAAGAUCCUGGAGAGACUGGAGGACCCGAAAUGCAGACUGGAGAAACUCAAUGUGGAGCAUAAUGAAGAGUACUGGAUCAACCCACAGCUUCUGAACAAAUACGCCUGCGAUUUGACCUUUGACAUCAAUACUGCCAAUAAAUACCUGAUCCUGUCUGAGAGUAACAGAACAGUUCGUUUGACGGAGGAAAAGCAGAAGUAUCCUGAUCCAGAAAGGUUUAAAUAUGAGGGUCAGGUGAUGUGCAGAGAAGCUCUGACUGGACGCCAUUACUGGGAGGUGGAGGGAACUUCAGUCAAAAACCUGGGCGUUGCCUUUCAGGAGGUUAAGAGGAAAGGAUGCAACUUUCAGAUGGACUGGAGCAAUAAGACGUGGAUGUUGCAUAACUAUUUACUGCAUGGCUUCACGUUUCGCCACGGACAUCAGGAGGUCUACGUUCCGAUCACAUUUAUUGAUGACCAAGGAUUCGUGGCCCGACCCCGACCCAUGAGAGUUGGACUGUUUCUGGACUGGCCAGCUGGGAUUCUGUGUUUUUACUGGCUGUCUGGUGACACAAGAACUCUGCUUCACACCUUCCACUCAACGUUCACGGAGCCUGUUUACCCAGCGUUCACUGUUCAGGCCUUUUCUUUGACUCUGCUGCCUGCUGACAAACUGGAAACAGAACAUGUUCCUGUGAGCUUCACACCUGAGGUGAGCAGAGAGAGGAUCGGCGUCUCUUACAGCUUCCAGUUUCCUGGUUCAGGUCUGUUCCGAUGUUCUCUGACUGGUCUGGUGUUCGGAGUGACCCGGGAGGCGAAGCUGACCUACAAGACUCAAAUCUGGGAUGAGAAGCUGCUUCAGACAGCGAACAAACUGCCAGGCGGACCUUUGUUCAGCAUCGAAUGUCGUCAGGACUGUAUCAGAGAGCUGCAGCUGCCACACUGUCAGCCUGAAGCAGCCCUGCUGCCUGCCUGCCUCUCGGUCGGCCACAUCACUGAUGAUGGGAUGAGCGUCGUUCCGUCACUGAGGGUCACAGAAACCCACGUGGUGGUGAGCGUCUCGCAGCUUUCUGGCUUCGGCGUCGUGUUGGACCGGAUCAAGAGGUUCCUGACCAAGCCGAUUCGGGGCCAAGUUCUGCUGUUCCUGAGACGGCUGCAGCGACCGCUCAGCAUCCUCAGUGUGAUUCUGCUGCCCAGCAACGUUCCUCUGCAGGAUGUGAAAGAGCAGCACAACGGCUCCAAGUUCAUCCAGGCUCCAUCCUUCUGCUCCUUCCACAAAGGGAAAACCUACCGCCUCCACAGCGACCCGGCGGGCCUCGCCAUCCAACCCAAAGCGGCUCAGUUCUUUGAGAACUACGGACCAAAUUACCACGCCACGUUUGAGAUCACGCUGCCGACGAGAACGGAGGACGUGACGGUGACGGUCCAGAGUCCGGAAGAGGAAAACGUCUGGGACUACGCCCUGCACCUGCCAGGUACGCAAACCAUCUGCCAGCUUAAUGGAGAGACUUCCUGCUAUGUUUCUGCUUCCUGUCGUCUCGUUUCUGUCUGCAGCCUCUCUGGACCAGCAGACCAAAGGCGACUGCGGCUUGCAGAAAGUUUGUCAGCGGGGGAGAAGCUGAGAAGCGUCCGGCCGGACUUCAUCGAUCACGUGUCCAACCCGGUUCUGGACAAGCUGCUGGACGAGCUGCAGCACUGCAGGGUGAUAUCAGACGCUGAGGCGGACCAGAUCAGAACCAAACCAGAGCAGAAAAAGCCCGAGAGAUGA